AUGGCGAGCCAACAGGGAGCCCCCGGACCGUCCAGAGACGAACCCGCGCAGUUCAAGCGCGAAGACCUGCCGUCCGCUUUUCUCCUUCGUGUCAAGCAGGAUAUCGCGGAGCUCAAGGCCGACCCGCCGCCUGGUGUGUUCAUCGCCCCUAGUGAGAGCGACAUAACCCGAAUCGAUGCGAUCGUCGUGGGUCCCGCGGACACGCCCUACGAAGGCGGCUUCUUCCGCUUCCGCAUAAAGUGCCCGUCCGACUAUCCGAUGAAGCCGCCCGAUGUGCAAUUCUUGACCACAGACGCCGGACGCGUUCAGUUGCACGAACACCUCUACAAGGACGGUCAUGUCUGCCUCAGCAUCAUAGGCACCUGGACUGGGCCGCAGUGGAGUCCGGCGCUGUCCCUGAGCAGCCUGCUCGUCUCCUUGCAGUCGAUGCUCUCGGAACUGGACAAAUUUGGCCGCAUUACCCCGCACGAGUACGGUGGCACCUACCGGCACAAUACCGUCAGAAUCGCAGUCUGCCAUCCGGUUGAAGAUUGCCUCCGAGACGAUUGGACCUACCCGCCUGCCUUGAGGGACGCCGUGCUGAAGACAUUCGCGGAGUCCUGCGCCAGGUUUGAAGACACGCUCAAGGCCGGGCAGCAUCUGUACGGAACCCGGUAUAGUCCUCCAGGGGGAUGCAAGGAGUGCGGGCUCCUUCUGCUGAGGAUCCAGGACCUCAAGUUAAAGGUGAAGGACGCAGUUCAAGCGGUGGCUGUGAACGUUCACGAGUAG